AUGGUAGACUUUUCAAUAGAGAACAUUUUCUCUAUCCAAGUGUUCUUAAUUGUUUUGAGAGAGACCUUGGAACUGGCUAUUAUUGUCUCAGUUUUACUAGCAUUUCUUCAUCAAAGCUUUAGUAAUACUAAAGAGAAAACAAAUUCUCGCAAUGUCGAAGAGAAUAGUCAUUCAGGUGAGCAUAGAAGACCUGAGGAAGGUUCAUCCAGUGCAUCAAUACUGAGCAUGGACGAGGAGUUGCGAGCAGACGUAUAUACGUUCUUGAAAUUGCAGGUAUGGAUUGGUGGCCUUUUAGGUUUGGUAGCGUGCCUUUUCAUAGGUUCAAUAAUACUCUUUGUGUUUUAUUGGUUAGGAAAUGACUUAUGGUCAUCAGCAGAACAUUAUUGGGAAGGAACAUUUUCUAUUGUUGCAAGCAUCAUUAUAUCUGUAAUGGGGGUCAAAAUAUUGAGGGUGCACAAAAUGCAAGAAAAAUGGAAGUCAAAACUAGUUACACUCAUAGAAAGGUCUGACUACCUUAAUAAGGCUCUUAAGCAUCAUGCAGGAUAUCGUGAGAGAGCGGAGCUCGGAUCAAGGUUCUCUCAAUGGAGCGAGAAGUACUCUAUGUUCAUAUUACCAUUUGUUACGACCCUAAGGGAAGGUAUGGAAGCAAUUGUAUUUAUAGGUGGUAUCGGACUUAACGAAAAUACGUCUAUUUGGGCCAUAAUUAACUCCUUGGUGCUCGCUAUAAUAACCGGCUGUUCAAUUGGAUUAUUAUUGUAUCGCUCGGGAAAUAGUCUUUCUUUACAAUGGUUCUUAAUAUCAUCAACUGGAUUUUUAUAUGUGGUUGCUGCUGGACUAUUCUCAAAAGGAAUAUGGCAUUUUGAGCUACAGAGGUUUAUAAAUUUAUGCGGUGGCUUAGAUGUUUCUGAAACUGGACAUGGUCCAGGUUCAUACGACAUUAGUAAGAGUGUAUGGCAUGUGAACUGUUGCAACGGUGAGCUACAAGACGAUGGAGCAUUUUGGAUGAUGGUAACAGCUAUUUUUGGUUGGACAAACUCAGCUACUUAUGGCAGCGUAAUUAGCUAUAACAUAUACUGGAUCAUUAUUAUUAUUGUAUUCAGAUCUUUGAUCUAUGAGGAACGAAAUGGAUACUUACCCUUAGUACCGCUUAAAUGGCAACAAUCAAGAAUUAAUAAAAGAAACAAGAAUUAUCAGCCACUUGCAUCAUCUAAUGGCAGGGAAAGUGCUGAUUCUAUUGAUUCAGAAACACCUUUAAAUGCUUAA